UUUCAACACAUAAUGAAUAUGAAUGAUUGUCAGACAACAAUGUUGUCUCCUAGCCAAAUAUCAACACAUAGUGUAAAUGAUAAAUGUAAAGCGAAAAAAUACGGUCGACAGUCUACAAUACCUCUGGAAUAUCGAGAUCAAACAAGACGAUUGAAAAAGCAAAAUCUGGAACGACGUAGACGUGCAUGUAUCUCAGAUAAAAUGAAUGCAUUACAUAAUUUAGCUAUGAAUUUAAUUGGUAAAGAUCCAACAGAAUAUCAUAAAAUUGAAAAAACCGAUAUUCUGAAUGUUUGUCACAGUGUCUUUAAAAAUGUUGUGGCUAUUGUCAACGAACAACCAGAUAUACUUGAACGUGUACAUCAACUUCGUGAUAAAUUUUACGAUAAAUUAAUCACAAAUCAUUCUAGUGGAUCAAAAAAUAAACACAAUAUCAGUAAUGAUGAGAAUAAUAACAGUAACGAGAAAUUUCAUUUAGGCAAUUAUAUUCCAUAUAAUCAUCCUUUGAAAAUAUAUUCGAAUGAUAAUUCUAAUGAUUAUGAUAUGAACAAACAAUGUAAUUCAUUAAAUACUUCCAUUUCUAAUGAUAUUUCAUCGCAAUUGACUAACCAUAAUUCAUUUCAGUAUUUCAAUGCAAAACUUCAUUCAACUCCUUUAAUUUCAAUGAAAACACUGAAAACUUCAACAGAUAAUAAUAAAAAUAUUAAAUCAGUAGUUACUACAUCAUAUUCACAGUCUCUAGACAGUGGUAUUGAAGAUGUUGAAGAUAUACAAUCAAUAAAUUGUACACAAUCAAAACAGUUAUUACAAAUGUCACAACGAAUAUCUAAACGAAACUAUUGUAAUACAAGUCAACCAGUGGAAAAUGAAGCUUAUGAACAAAUAAUUGAUUUAUCUUUUAAAAAACAGAAACAGACUAAUCAUUAUCAUGAAGAGGUUCAUCAAACUAAGGAAGAACAAAAUGUUUGGAGACCAUAUUUAGAUUGAUGAGUUUAUAUUCUAUCUGGCUUAUUUUUCUAUUUCAUUUUCUCUUUAGUAACUAUAAACCGAAAGAAGUAUAUUCAACUGGAAGAAAGCAUCAGUUUAUAGUUAUUUUUAUACUUUUUGUUCAGUUUCAUUCUUAAUAAUUUCACUUUUUCUCCCAGCAACUUGCC